CCGAGGGGCAAUUAAGGAUGAACUUUCGGUGAACUAAUUGAUCGCACGGCCCAAGGUAAAGUGGGCAGCGACCUGGGCCGAGGAUGCCUAUAAAAGGGGGGCCCCGCCGCGGCGCUGGGCCCUUGCGCUCACUCGCCAGCCCCCGGGGGAAGUCUGCCAGCCCGCUUGAAGGUGCCCGCCCCGCUCGCUGCAGCCCGGCCCCGGCGGCCAGCAUGGGUUUCUCUGCCUUGCUGCCCAGCGCUGUGCUCACCUUCGUGCUGCUGCCGUUGCUCCUCUUCCUGGCCGCAGUGAAGCUGUGGGAAUUGUACUGCCUGCGCGGCCGCGAUCCGAGCUACCCGCUGCCCCUGCCCCCUGGCACCAUGGGGCUGCCCUUUUUCGGGGAGACGCUGCAGUUAGUGUUGCAGCGGCGCAAAUUCCUGCAGCUGAAGCGGCGCAAGUACGGCUACAUCUACAAGACGCACCUAUUCGGGCGGCCCACGGUGCGCGUGAUGGGGGUAGACAACGUGCGCCACAUCCUGCUGGGCGAGCAUCGGCUGGUGGCCGUGCAGUGGCCGGCGUCGGUGCGCACCAUCCUGGGCGCCGGCUGCCUCUCCAACCUCCACGACGGGCAGCACAAGCACCGCAAGAAGGUAAUCAUGCGCGCUUUCUCCCGGGAGGCCCUGCAGCACUACAUGCCGGUCAUCCAGGAAGAGGUGAGCGCCUGCCUGCGCCAGUGGCUCCUGGUGAGCGCCGGCGGCGGCGGCUCUUGCCUGCUGGUUUACCCGGAGGUGAAACGCCUCAUGUUCCGCAUCGCCAUGCGCAUCCUACUGGGCUUCCGGCCCAGCCCGACGGCGGACUCGGACGGCGAGCAGCACCUCAUGGAGGCCUUCGAGGAGAUGAUCCGCAACCUCUUCUCGCUGCCCAUCGACUUGCCUUUCAGCGGCCUUUACAAGGGCUUGAGGGCGCGCGAUGUCAUCCACGCCAAGAUUGAGGAGAGCAUCCAGGCGAAGCUGGCCGGGAAGGAGCCCCCCGACGGCUACAAGGACGCGCUGCAGUUGCUGAUGGAGCACACGCAGGCAAACGGGGAGCAGCUCAACAUGCAGGAGCUGAAAGAAUCUGCAACGGAGCUUCUUUUUGCUGGGCACGAGACAACUGCCAGUGCUGCAACAUCUUUGAUUACUUUCCUAGGCCUUCACCGAGAUGUGCUGCAGAAAGUGAGGAAGGAAUUGCAGGAGAAGGGAUUGCUGGGCAACAUGAGCCAAGAGAAGCAUUUGGAAAUGGAACUCUUGGAACAGCUGAAGUACACUGGCUGUGUCAUCAAGGAGACUCUCCGUCUGAGCCCACCAGUUCCUGGAGGAUUCAGAGUGGCUCUCAAGACUUUUGAGCUAAAUGGUUACCAGAUUCCUAAAGGUUGGAAUGUCAUUUACAGCAUCUGUGACACACAUGAUGUUGCGGAGCUUUUCACCAACAAAGAUGAAUUCAACCCCGACCGCUUCAUGUCUCCUUUCCCAGAAGACUCCUCACGAUUCAGCUUCAUCCCAUUUGGAGGGGGCUUGAGAAGCUGUGUAGGCAAAGAAUUUGCAAAGAUUCUUCUAAAAAUCUUUACUGUAGAGUUGGCCCGGAACUGUGACUGGCAACUUUUAAAUGGACCACCAACAAUGAAGACCGGCCCUACUGUGUAUCCAGAGGACAAUCUGCCAACAAAAUUCACAAGUUUCAAUGGUCGGGUUUAAUAAAUUCCAGGACAGUAUUACUGUGAUCUUAACUUAAGUUUUGGUGAAUUUAAAACAUGCACAAUGGCUUUUCAUAGUGUCCUAAAUUCAAUAUUAUAUAUUUAAAUUUAUAAUGUGUAAUAGUUAUUUAUAAGUGUGUUUUCUAAGAAUAUUUUUAAAGCUAUUUCAUGUAUUAAACAUUUUUUAGGCAAGCACUGUAAUUAUGAGUCCUUGGGAUCCAUAAAUGGAUAAUUUUAUUUCUAUAGAAAUAAAGUUUCCUUCUAUUUAAGAAUUGUACUCAAAGCUUGUUUACUAAUUACGGUAUGUUGAAACCAUUUAAGGACCUUUAUGUGUAUCCAGACACAUGGUCAAAAGUUAAAUGGAACUAUAUGUAUACUGUGAACCAAAUUAUGUCAUAAAUAAAAUUCUGCAGCUAGAAUGUUGGUGUUUGUUUACAUUUAUAUGGGGAAUUUUGACCUGCUAUGAGAGUGGGUUCAGCCAAGUUAACACCUUGAUCCUAAGCAGACUAGACUUGGCAGUUCGACUGAAAACAGUAGAAUUUGGUGGAAUGUGCUGGUGUUUUAAAGAAGUAUGGCCAAAAUCAGAGGUGGGCCUGGAAAUAGACUUUUCCUUCCAUCCCUCUUUACUCUCCAGACUGCACCUUGGGGGGGGGGCAGUUAAUUAUCUGACCUCCUCCAUAAAUGGUCAGUGUCUAAUAAAUAAAGUUGGCGCCACCUUGAAGGAAGGUUAUGAGAGCCCGUAUUUUAUUUUUUUGCCAUGUGCGAGAAAGCAACAAAAUACAUUUUAUCUGAAGACUCCAGACACUCAUCACCACUUUCCUACAAAAGGAAGCUGAGCAAUAUUUACAUGCUGAAAACUUGGUUGAGGGCCAGGUGAGAUACAAAACUGCCUUAGGGCCAGGUCUGGCUUGCAAGUCAUCCAUAGCCUUGACUCUCUGACAGGCAAGUAGAUCAAGAUACUUGGCAAAUAUAGGCUUGGAAGGUUGGGUUGAAUAGUUUGCCACAGGUCACCUUUGAAAUGAACUCUUCACUCCCCUGAAAAACUCCCAUCUUGGCUGAGCAGUGUGGCUGCUGUAACUAAAACUCUGCAUGCGCUUCAUUGCACUUUUCUAAAGGAGACAAGCAGAUGAUUGCAUAAGAUCC